UAAAUAUUUUACUUUUUUUAUUUGAUACUUUCUAUAUAAAAUAGGAGGAGGAUUUGUAGGGUGUAUAACAUUACUCAGUUAUUUUUUAUGCUUAUUUUUUUCCCCCUUUCUCUUAUGAGUGGGGAAAAGUGUCGGUUUGGCUACGAGUAGAAUCCAAGUGUACCAUAUAUCUGCUUAGGGAAGAGUACGAAAUUGUUCCAAAACCAAAUGUUGCAGAGCCUGCCAAGUGGGGUGUACAAGAUGAGCCUCUUUUGGUUUCUAGUUUUCUCUGCACAUCUUGCACUAGCAUCCUCUCUUGUUGAAUUUCAAGAUAAUGAUAAUCCAAGGCAAAAGCAAGAGGGCAUGCAGCUAAAUUUGUACCAUGUUAAAGGUCUUGACUCCUCUCAAACUUCCACAUCACCAUUUUCAUUCUCUGACAUGAUCACAAAAGAUGAGGAACGUGUCAGGUUUCUUCAUUCCAGAUUAACAAACAAGGAGAGUGCCAGCAAUUCUGCCACCACUGACAAAUUGGGGGGACCAAGCCUAGUGAGCACACCAUUGAAAUCAGGUUUGUCAAUUGGUUCAGGCAACUACUAUGUGAAAAUAGGAGUUGGUACCCCUGCCAAGUAUUUCAGCAUGAUUGUAGACACAGGUAGCUCCCUCUCAUGGCUCCAGUGCCAACCUUGUGUCAUAUACUGCCACGUCCAAGUUGACCCUAUAUUCACCCCUUCAGUAUCCAAGACCUACAAGGCCUUGUCCUGCUCAUCCUCUCAGUGUUCCUCUCUCAAGAGCUCCACACUGAAUGCUCCAGGUUGCUCAAAUGCAACUGGUGCUUGUGUCUACAAAGCAAGCUAUGGUGACACUUCCUUCUCAAUUGGCUAUUUGAGUCAAGAUGUGCUAACCUUAACCCCUUCAGCGGCACCAUCAUCAGGUUUUGUAUAUGGCUGUGGUCAAGACAAUCAAGGCUUGUUUGGAAGGUCAGCAGGUAUCAUAGGUCUAGCCAACGACAAACUCUCCAUGCUUGGUCAAUUGUCCAACAAAUAUGGCAAUGCCUUCUCCUAUUGUCUCCCCUCAUCUUUUUCAGCACAACCAAACUCUUCUGUAUCAGGUUUCUUGUCCAUUGGAGCCUCAUCAUUGUCAUCAUCACCAUACAAGUUCACUCCCUUGGUCAAGAAUCCAAAGAUUCCAAGCUUGUACUUUCUUGGUUUGACAACUAUCACUGUGGCAGGAAAGCCACUAGGAGUUUCUGCCUCAAGCUACAAUGUUCCUACCAUAAUUGACUCUGGCACAGUAAUCACAAGGCUUCCUGUGGCUAUUUACAAUGCAUUGAAAAAAUCUUUUGUGAUGAUCAUGUCCAAAAAGUAUGCACAGGCACCAGGAUUCUCCAUAUUGGAUACUUGCUUCAAGGGGAGUGUUAAGGAAAUGUCAACAGUGCCUGAGAUUCGAAUCAUAUUUCGUGGGGGUGCUGGCCUAGAACUUAAGGUUCAUAACUCCCUUGUGGAAAUUGAGAAGGGUACUACUUGUUUGGCCAUUGCUGCUAGCUCCAACCCCAUUUCCAUUAUUGGGAAUUAUCAACAGCAGACAUUCACAGUGGCUUAUGAUGUUGCCAAUUCCAAGAUUGGAUUUGCACCUGGCGGCUGCCAGUGAUCACAAAGCUAGCCAGCCAAGGAUUCAAUUUGUCAAAUAUUACUUGCUUGCAAAAAUAUAUUUGCUUUAAUAAAGAUUGAUGAACAACUGAUGUGGCAUGUGAUGUAUCUUAGUGAGCAAAUAAGACAAAUGACAAUUAAAUGCUCACAUGAAAGUUGCAAUUGUAUUAGAUUUAUUGGAAAAUUUUACUUUGGAAGUAAAUAGUAUAAAUCGCAUAGCGGCAUGUAUAGCUGCAUAUUAUGGAACGCUUUAUUAGGUAAACAUUGGUCCAUUCCCAUUGUUUUGCAGCUUCUUUUGGCAAA